AUGGGACCACGGCGCCAAAGGUGGGACGCCGGCAAGUCACCCGACCACCCCGACACCAAGGGUGCAGCGGACCCGGCCCGGCGAGAGCGGAGCCGGAGGCCCGCAGGCCCAAGCCCGCGUAGCCCCGGCCUCCCCGCCCCCGCGCCGCGCCGAUGGCACGCUAGGCCGCACGCCGCCCCCGCCGGCCGCCCGCUGCCGCCGCCCCCUCUCCGGGACUGCCUGCGCGGCGCCGGGGCCCGCCCGCCGCGCCCGCCGCUCCGUCGCACUCACAGGCCCAGCUCGCCCGCAGGCACCGCCGGCAGCUGCCGCCGCCGCAGCCGCCGCCGCCACUGCUUCGGCUCCUCGGCUGCGGAGAGCAGAACAAACAGCCCUGCCGCCGCCGCCGCCGCCGCCGCCAGCGCACUGACGUCACCGCGCACGUUGCGCGCGCGACCACGUGCUGUCGCCGCCGCCCUGCGUGCGCGCUCUGUCCCGGCUCCCGGAGCGAGCAAGCUGCGCAGAGGUAGCUCUGGAGGUGAGGAGAGUGCUGGGGGCUGGCGCGCCGCUUGGAGUAAUCUGGCAGACCGAGAGAGGGGACCGGGAAGAUCUAAUGAGGGCGAUCUCAGACCGAGAGCGGGGAUCCCGCAGACCGAGGGGAGACCCACAGACCGGAGGCUGCGCCUGGGAAAAGAUCUGAAGGUUGAGACCGACGUCCAACAUUUGAAGGAGGGCAUCGAUGAUAGAUCCUCCGAGGGAGGACGUGCGCAGCGAUCCCGAAGACUGAUGGACGGGGCCGAGAAGAGACUCCUGUCCGCGGGAGGCCGCCUCAGUGGAAGCCGAGCGCUGAAGUCGGCGGUGCCUGGAAGCGAAGGCGAGAGCUAAGAUGGGGGCGCUGGGGCUGAGGUGAAGAGAAGGAAAGGAGGUAAGAGGAGGCUGUCGCAAGGCUUGGCGCCACCUUUCUUGGCUGGCCUCUAGGAUCUAAAGAUCGGAAAGCGCUGGUCUCCGAGCCCGGGCACCUUCGCAUCCUUGAGACUCAGCCCAACAUUGAAACUUGUGAAUAUCUUCUGGCUCCUAAUUUUGCAAUUUGUGGAAGAUGAUCAGAAGAAAAACAAUAGGAAUGUACAGAGGACUGUGUCAAUAUGACAACUUGUUUGUUGUUAAGGAAACAAGAAUGUAUCCAUUUUAGGUUUCCCUUUCCCUUAGUUGUCUUGCAUUAUCCAUAUAAUUUAUUAUCAUUACAGGCAACAUAUUUUUGGAAUUGGGAGCUGCCAGUUUGAAAGUCACAUAAUAAAAUCUGUCCUUUUUUAUGAAUACUUAGAGGAAAAUAGAAUGCUAUUGAGAGAUACAUUGGCCAGUUAUUAUGAAAAGAAAUUACACAAGCCAGGUGUGUUGGCACAAAUUUGAGCUCAGCCUAGGCAAUUUACUGAGACCCUAUCUAAAAAAUAAAAAGUACUGGGGAUAUGACUCAGUACAAUGGUCCUGGGUUCAAUCCCCAGUACAGGAAGGAAGGAAGGGAACAAGGAAACAGUAAGUCCUGGGGUGAGGUUGAGGUACAGAAGACAAUUAACAGAACAAAAGGAAAAUAUCUUUAUUUUAUUAUAUAGUCCCACUCAUUACAGACAAAACCAUAUGUCUAACUUGAAAGACUAGACCCAACUAGAUGACUGUUGCCUAUUGCUAGAAAUUAAAUCUAACCUAAAAUAACUGUGAAAGCUAUAAAGGCAGUUCCAGAAACUAUCUCCAAAACAAUUUUAGGAGAAAAAUUUCUUUCUCUCUCUUUUUUUUUUUUCCUUUCACAGGGCUUAACCUAACUCUUCAUAUAUAGGUCUAACUCAGAAAAUGAUUAUCUGGUUGAAUGAGGUUAAUAAAAAUGGUCUUGUUACUUAAUGGUUUGCUUUUCUUUUUUCUUCCUUUUUUUUUAUUGUACUUGGUAUUGAACCCAAAGACGUUUAACCACUGAGCUACAUCUCCAGGCCUCUCAUCCCCUUUUUUUAAAUUUUGAGAUAAGGUUUGCUGAGUUGCUUAAGGCCUCAAAUAAGUUGCGAGGCUGGCCUCAAACUUGCCAUCCUCCUGCCUCAGCCUCCCCAGUUGCUGGGAUUACAACAAGUUUGUACCACACUGCACUUGGCUAAUGGUUUACAUUUUGAAUAAGUUCUUUUUACUUUCUCUUGUUUGAACUGUAUUUGUAAUAGUAAAACCUAAAGAAAUUAAUGAAAAUAUUAAGGAAUGAAACAUGAAGUACAUUAAUAAUUCUUAUUGAUUUUAAAUAUCUAUUACUCAUUUUAAAUAAAGUAAUACAUGAAACCAGCUUAACUGAACAAUACAAGAGAACAGAGGAAAAAUUAAGUUUCCCAUCUCUCUUUCCCUACCCCAACAGAAUAACCAAAGUUAUGAUCUUAAUAAUGUUUACUUUUAGUCUUGUGCUGUGUAAUCCAAUGGUUACUGGCCACAUGUGACUUUUGAUCACUUAAAAUGUGGCUGCCCCAGAUUGAAAAUUAUUGUAAGUGUAAAAUACAUACUGUAUUUCAAACAUCAGUGUGAAAAAACAAAUGUAAAAUAUCUCAUUAUGAAUUUUUAUAUUGAUUAUAUAUUGAAAUAAUAUUUUUAAUCUAUUGUGUUAAAUAAAAUAUUUAAUUUUAACU